AUGGGGGGCGAUCUCAAUCUCAAAAAAUCAUGGCACCCAGUGCUCAUGAGCAAUCAAAAGAAAGUAUGGGAGGAAGAAAGAAAAGCGCUAGAAGAACGCAAGAAAAUCGACCAGAUCAUGAAGGAACGUGCGGAGGAGCGACAAAUACAAGAACUUGAAGAGCUACAAGAAGCGGCCGGCGGGAAGAAGAGACAAGCUCGUGUCGACUGGAUGUACUCUGGACCAUCUAGCGGGCAGGCGGGUACUACAGAGGAGAUGGAGGGAUAUUUGCUAGGAAAGAGACGCAUUGACGGGCUCCUCAAAGGUAAUGAGAAUCAGAAAUUGGAGAAAUCUUCGAAGGAGGAAUCAUUCAUGGCCGUGCAGAAUGCGAACACGGCCAGGGACACGGCCGCUAAGAUCCGGGAGGAUCCCAUGUUAGCCAUCAAGAAACAGGAGCAGGCCGCAUAUGAGGCAAUGAUGAACGAUCCUGUCAAACGAAGGCUCCUAUUGAAAGCAGCAGGGAAGGAAGAUCAUGACACUGAGAGGGAACGCAAGCGGAGGAAACAUCAUCAUCAUCACCACCACCACCACCACCACCACCAUCACCGACACCGUGACGACCGCGACAGGCGUGAAAGUUCUCGUUCCCAUCGAGACCAAGAUGACGAUAGGAAUGGUCGAAGUAGACAUUCGCGAAGGAGGUCAUACUCGCCAUCAGAGUCCCGCUCCCGGUCCCCGUCACCUCCUCGAAGAUCCGCGAGAUCACGCUCUCCAUAUCGAAGAAGAUGCUCAAACACACCCGAAGAGAGACGGAAACCGCGUUCACGAUCAAGAUCAUACUCACCCCCUCAACCGAACGGACAAAGCAAUGGAAUUCGAAAAAUGCCAAGUUGGCAUUCCCCGAGGCCAGAAAGACCACGUUCUCGAAGUCCCCCUUGGGAUUCAAAGUCUGCAAAUGCAAAAAAUGCAAAUGCAGAUGACAGGGCGGCAAGACUGGCGGCCAUGCAACAGGAUGCGUCAGAUUUGGACCAACAACGGGAACGGAGGCUGGCCAAUAUUGCGGAGCGAGAGAGGACUGAACGGGAGCGAGAUGAAGCCUCUCGAUCGCGGAAUGCCAAAUAUGGUGGGCGCGCAGACUUCAUUGACCGCUUCCACAAGAAGGCUGGCGAUAUGAGCUUGGGGCAACGAUUGGGACGGAAUGGUGUACCGCAGAGGGAUGAUGACUAA